AUGGACUCCUCGCCUUUCCUUCACAAGACCGUUGAUGCCCCUGCCGGCUCUGCAAUUCCAUCAAGUCCCCUAAAGAGAGAAUGGUCACACUACGCGGAGCCGAAUCCGAACGCUUACGAUGAAAACGAGAACUACUACCCUAACGAACCCGAAAUGGCAAAUGAACAAGAGAAUGACGAAUUCAAUGAUGCCGAGUCCUAUCAGAAUGCUGCCAGCUCACCGUUUCAGCCUGAUGCGCGCGAAGACACAGUGGAUUUCCAGAAGAUGCGUCAAAUGCGACAGAUGUCGCCACUGGCACGCCCACAACUCGCUCCGUUAGAGGAGGAGGAGAGCCCUGCAAGCUCUCCAUUUCGACCUACAGCAACAGACUACACCGUGGACUUUCAAGGGCUGCGUGAGGCGCAUCCAAUGUCACCUGGGUUGGACAAACGGCUAGCCCUAGAUGACCCGAUGAGUUCACCAUUCCGACCCGACGCCAGAGAUGAGACAGUGGAUUUUCUAAGGCUGCGACAAACACAGCAGGAGUCGCCUCUAUCACGACAACGUCUUGAGCAUCUUGAGCCAAUGGGGGAAGAAAGCCCCGGAAGCUCUCCGUUCCGCCUUCAUGCCAGGGAAGAGACAGCGGAUUUCCAAAAGCUGCGGGAGGUGGAGCCAAUGUCGCCAGGAUUAGGCAGACGGCUGGCUAUGGAAGGCCCGACGAGCUCCCCGUUCCACCCCGAUGCGCGGGACGAGACAGUUGACUUUGACCGUCUGCGCGAAAUGCAGAAUUCAUCUCCCACUCUUGAGCCACCGCGGUUGACUCAGCCAUUGGCCGAGGUUAACAGCUCUCCUUUGCGCCCUAUCGCAAGAGAUGAAACCCCUGUUAAUCAGGAAGAUGAGAUGCAGCAGGAACCGCCUGCUGUUCCCCCACAUUCCUCACCUGCUGUUGUGCCAAGUUCUCCACUCCACUCUGAAGAGGAGGAACUUGUUGAUUCGCAUAGUCCACGCGAGAUACAAGAGGGGCCCCCGGCAGUUCCUAAGCAUCUUUCGCCUGCUAGAGCAUCAGAGUCUCCACUCCGCUCUCAGGAAAGACGGGAGACAGUCGAUUCGCCGAAACUACAUGAGACCCGACAAGAGCCACCAGUAGUCCUUAAGCACUCUUCACCUGCAGUGGCACCAAGUCCGCCCCUUCGCCCGGAGUUAACCCAAGAAGUUACUGAGUCUCCAAAGUUACAUGGCCCGCGAGAGUCACCCGCAGUCUCGAAGCAUUCUUCGCCUGCGGGCCCUCGCUCACAUUUCCCAACAGGCUCCAAGGAGAACACCCUUGAGAUUCAGAAGCCGCUCCAACUUUCUCGCGCAUCCCUUGUAAGCUCGAGUACAGCAACACCUCGCAAAAGAUCGUACGACCAAACACCCCAGGAUCAGGAAGAUAAUCUGCAGAUGAAUGAGCGCUGCAAGAAGGGUAUGACCAGCCGGGCAGAUGUAUCAGAUGCGCCGGAGAUUCACAUCGAUGCCGAAGAGGAAUCUAGUGUCAUCCACAACGACAGCAUGUUGUCCGCUGGUAGUGCUAUUCAUGACAGAUCAGCCAUUGGAAACAGCAUGAUGGAAGACAAACAGAAUGAAGGCAUGAGCACAGUCCUCCACGGAGAUGGCGACAAAGAAAAUGUCGGUCACGAUACAAACGAGCACUCCAUAGUGGAUGACUCAAUGGACGACACCUGCUUGAGCACCUUUUCUGCCGUGCCAGACAUGACAACCUUCGCAAAGCUCCGCUCCGGGUCGCCAAUGAAGUCGAUGCGAGGAAACGCCGCACCCAAUUCAGCUCAUGGUAUGGAUGAGUACCGACGCAACGGACCAACCACCCCGAGUACAGCACGUCGAGCAUACAGAGCUAGUGCCUUCCUCGAUGGAAACUCGCCCAUGGAUUCCCCCACACCCAGGCGUAAAGUGUCUCGGGACAUGCCAAACCCAGUUGACUCUGCCAAUUUGCUUGAUUUUACUGAUCAGAUGAACUUCCAUCCUCGCCAAUCCAUGCAGAAUGCUCGUUUCUCUCCCUCACGGCGCUCACCUUUGCGGUCUGCCCGACAGUCUAUUCGAUCUCCCGGGAAGAUGUCGUCUCUGUUGGACUUUGAUAUCCCGCCCGCGCCUACCCCUCGAUCCAUUCCCACGGUCACUCCCCGUGAAUUGGAGUCACUAAAAUCUGGUUUCAUGUCUGAGAUUUCCUCGCUCAAAGCCACACUUAGUGGCAAAGAGGCUGAGGUCGCUAGCCUGAAGACAGCAGUGACAGACGCGGAACGACGUGUCGGCGAGGCUCUAGAAGAGAUCCGCAAUGAAGCCGCGAACAAAGAAGCACUCGAGAUAGAGCAAGCUGAGUGGGGCCGUCAAGCCAAGGAGAUGGAAAGUGUGCUGCGGUCGGUUCAAUCUGAGUUGAUGGAAGGCGAGCGUGAGCGGGAACGUCUAACUAAGAAGGCCGAAGAGGCUGAAAAGAGCAAGGAGAGGUUAGAGCGCAAGAUCGUUGAGCUCGAAAGUCAACUGUCUGCUGUACGCGCUUCUUCCCUUUCUAGCUCUGCCAAAACUAGUGAUUCUCGACAAUCCUCGAACUCUGCUGUAGAUACCGCUCGGGAAGUCCAGGAUGCCGUUGAAAAGGUUGCUCGAGAACUUCACACGCUUUACAAGGGCAAGCACGAGACCAAAGUUGCAGCCCUGAAAAAGAGCUACGAGAGUCGCUGGGAGAAACGCCUGCGUGAGGUAGAGAAGAAGCUUACUGCUUCCCGCGAAGAGAACGAGCAUCUCCGGGUCGAACGUGACAAUGCACAGUCCGAGUCCAUGGCUGCAGCUAACACUAGCCAAUUUGCCCGUGAGAACGAUGAGCACGAGGCCGAAAAGCGUGUCAUGGAGGCCCAGAUCAAGGGUCUGCAGCAGGAAAUGGCUGCUCUCAAGGAGGAUACUGAGCGUAUUCGCUCGGACCUGAAGACUGAACGUGCCGAGAAGGGCGAGCUCGUCGCUGCCGUUGACGAGUGGUUGGCCAUGCAACAGGCUCAGCCCGCUGCGUCUCAGCCUCGAAGCCGCGAGGCCUCUGUUUCUUCUUCUGUGCAUCACGAUCAGUUGGAAGAUCAACGCCAACCAUCUCGCGAGGUGACCCCGGAUGAGUUCAAUCGCAGUGUCAGUCGCUCUGUGUCUGGCAGCAUUCGUCCCCCUGCUACUGCAGAGAAGAGAAUUCCGAGAUUUGGUGCCCCCGGUGGUCAUUCUCGCGGCAACAGUGGUGGCAAGUCUGGCAUUGCGAUGCCGACUCCGGGGCGUGGAAUCAUGGGUUCCAUUGAGAGGAUGGGUCGUGGUGGUGCUUAG